AUGUCAAGGGAUGGAAGCCAUCGGCUUGGGUCACCAUUAAGUGAGCAGUUCGUGGCAAAAUCCCGACUCUCUUCAAAACUCGAUCUAGUGCCCCCAUCUCCAGAAGAUGAUGGUCACAUAGAAUCUCCACGGGCCAUAUUAGAUCCAUACGCACGAAUAACUCUGGAAAGUCUCUGUGAUAUCCCGCCGUACAGGGUGCCGGCAAAACCGUGGACGGAGGCCACCGAUGACAAUGAUCUUGUGUCGCACCUGGUCUCCCUGUACUUCACGUGGGAUCAUCCGUGUGCACAAUUUGUUGAUCAAGGUAUUUUCCUCGAGCACAUGAGACGGGGGGACCUGGAUUCGGAGUUUUUCUCCUUUCAAUGGCAAGCGUAUGCGGCCUCAGUUGUUAUUCUACCCAUUCUUAGGUUUUUUCUAAUGCCCAACAGGUCUAUUCUGACAGCCCGGGGGGUAUUUUCCAAUCCAGAAAAUGCCUUCUCUCGUGGACGAAAUUUCUUCUCCGAAGCCGAAAAGUUGUGGAAAGCUCAAGAGGGGCGUUCAGCAUUAUCAAGCAUCCAAGCCCUUGUCAUGAUGUGUUGUGUAUUGUCUUACCAAGGAAAGGCGAAUCUCAGCUGGUUGAUGCUGCAACAGGCCAUACAACUGGCACAUGACAUUGGGUUGUUUAUGCUGCCAAGAGCUAAGUAUCGAUGUAGAGAGAAUAUGACUUCUGAUAUGGAAUGUGCUCGGGCGAUCACGGCCUGGGGGAUCUUCAGUUUGAAUCAACAAAUGUCAAUGAAGUUGCAGAAGGUAGCAACAUUGUCAAAGCCUGCAUCCAGUAUAGACGUUGCGGGUGACCAUGACUUUGACUGGAUACCUUAUCCACGAUCGAACCAGAUCAUGUAUGCCGCCAAGCGAGCUCAUCUUCCUCAAAUCCGACAAGGCCUUGCCGAGAUGACUGAUAUCAUGUUACACGUUGAAGAUCUCCUGGACGAUGAGGAGCUAAGUAUGAGCUCCACUGCAUUGUGUGCGAGGGUAGAGGACCCAUACAACCGUUUGCAACAGUGGUUGGCGGAUUGGCGAGAUGCAUCGCAGACUCGAAAGGAGCCAAUUCCCCAACUUCUGAUCCUACGUGUCAAAGGCCUUCACGCGAUGAUGCACUUAGUCGAAAUGUUGAUCGAGCGUGACCAACAAGGAUCGAUGAUUGCUCAGUUGCAGCAAGAAUGGUGUGCCCAGGCCGAGGAGAUAGCCCAGUGCCUUCGUAUCCAUCGUCAGUCGUAUGGAAUCUGGCUCAUUCCUAGCCAAGUGAUUGAUAUCGUUCAGGCAGUCUUCUACACCCUGGUGCAUCACCAGGAGAGUAGUAAGAGUAGUAAUAAGGUGAGGCACGCUUUUAUUGAAUUCUGUCGGUUUGGGAUAGCCCUGGGCCAGAAGUCCAAGCCAAUGGCUGAAACCAUCUACGCCAUUCAAUCGCUUUCCCAACGCGGGUCUAUUCAGCUACCUACUGAAGCCAUCACAAUCCUUGACGGCUCCAAACUAUGGAAGUGUCAGUAG